UUGGCAUCCUUCUUCACUUGAAAAGUGUCCAGACCACGUUUCGCCAUUAGACACUCGCGUUUCUUUCCCUUUGAGAAUCGAGAGUUUUAAUGAGAUUUGUCGUAGUUUACAGUAGGUUUGCUGCAGAGUUCAAGAUUAGUCUUCACUAGUUUAGAAGAAGUAAGCUGACUUCAAGUUAGCUAUCGUUGGUCAGUUUUAUCAUUUUUUCUUUUUCAGCUAGACUUACAAGGAAUAUUUGAGCAACUAUGUUCCGACACCGAUUGAAAUCCUUGGAUUCUCAGAGGGAUCUAUCGGAAGAAGACUCAGAAUACACCAUGUCCCUAAUGAUUGUUGUCGUUGUUCUUCUACUUCUCUUGCUAGGAUUAUUGAUUACUUUCUUCUGAAGCGCAAUUGGUUGUGGGAGUGGACAUCGAGCUUUCAGUUUCAAUAAACGUGAAAUGAGAUCUUUGAAUCGAAAACUGCUCGACGGUUCUUCUUUCAAGUAUCAAGCCAUAGAUACUUUAUAUGUAUUUUAACUGGCAUUUGAGAGGCCUUCGAUUAUGGCAUUCAGAAUCUAUUCCUUUUACUGAUAUAGAUUGUGCGAGUAACAUGUAGAAAUGCAGUCGGCGCUAACGAAGUUUACUUUCUUCUUAAAAGGUCCUCGCUGAAACGUCGCUUUUAUUUUCUCAAUCCACUGUUUACGAUAGCCAGGAGAAUUCUUUGGAAAUUAGUGCUGAAUCUGUCUCAGUCUACAGCAGUCUAAGGUUAAAGUGCAGCUGAAAAGAAGUUUGACUUUAGGUUUGUGGCUCUGGAUUUGGAUAUUUCCACUUCUUCGGCUUUCUGCCUAGAAUCUUUGUGCGAACUUCUGUGACGAUUGCCUCUAUGGAUAGUAGAAAUAACAGCGGAGGUAGUGAAGAACGCUCCGGUUAUGAAAGCGCGGAAGAGCGCAAAAAGUUGGCUAGCUUUGAUCCUGACGACCAAAGGCUACGACACACUUCUGCGGAGAGCGACUUGGCAGAAGGAUGCUCACAGUUGGUACGCAAGAAACGCCGUCGAGAAAAUGGAGUCUCUAAAAAGGAUACCCCCAAGAAGGAAGAAGAUAAACGUGGAGCUACUCUUCAAAAUGAAGUAAUAUUGUCUAAGGCUAUGGAAGAAGAUAUCCAGCAACUUCGAGAGAGAGUUGAUGACUUCACUCAUCAGGUCUCCGGAUUGCUAGAGACAGGCAAAGCUUAUUUUCUAGACGCAUCCACAGCCUUUGAAGAGGGAAUAUUACAACUGCAUCAAAAAGUACUGGAAUCUUGGGAGGAAGAAAUUGAAGGACUCCGAAACGUGGAUACUGUCAAUGAGGAGAUCUGCACGCGCCUGCGUGAAGCUCGCAUUGUUCUUGAGAAGUUACAGGUCUCAGCAUCUGCUGUUAAUCGUAAACCUGACCUGUUCGUUCACAUUUAGGAAAAUGCAGUACAUCUCGUCUCAGCUUUUCUAAAGGGGCGCACAUGAAUAUGCAAUCAUUUUACCACGCCAAACUGAAGAUGGCGUAGGUAAGCUGGGGAGGUUCAUUACUUGUGUAGACUGGUUUUUAGUACUAAUAAUCAUGCGCAUGGCAGCAUGUUCUACAUAAGGGUACAAUUGGUCAAUAAUUCAGGCUUAUUGAUCGAAGUGCUAGAGUUCAGCGAAGAAGCGAUUGCCACAGCUGAGAGGACAAAAACUGUUUCAUGGAAGGUGUUAAAGCAUUCAUUCGAGGAUGAUUGAUUGAUUUUCCUGAGUUUUAGGUUGUUAUGGACUAACCCCUCAGUCAACUGCGUCGUUUUAAUUGGCACCUAACACAAUGUUCCUAGCGUUGGCCUUUGUUAUUAGCCUGAACUACUCGUCAGGGGUGCAUCGCAGUUCACGAAAAACACUCCAUUUGUUUCUUACAUAUGUUUUGAAUUCGAACUAGCCACGUAGUAUGCACAA